AUCUUAGUACCGCAUCAGCCCCCACUAUGAACCACCUAAGCUUUCUCCUCGCGGGAGCCUUACUCCUAGUAACCACCUUCUACCGUCCGACCGCGGCCGAAAUCGACCCGGAGCAGAGCUGCAUCCCGGGCACGUUCGGAUCCAUCAAAUCCAACCUCAUUCGGACGCUGAUCGUCUGCUACGUCUACGGUUGCCCGGAGGAAAUGACCACCCGAAUAGCCAAAAGCUUCAAUCAAUUUCACCACUACGACAUGCAUCCGGAAGCCAUGAACAAUGACACUGCACCAGCCACGCUUCCCGUCGCCCCAGCGCAGGUCCCCAUCAACGUGCUCUCCAAGCUGGCCAAGUUGACUUCAGCGCUGGAAAAGGACCGAAACGCUGCCCUGACAUCCUGCACCGAUUGGUUGUCGCUGUUGAACAAACUGCUGGUGGACAUCCUGCAGAUCAACAGCAAGUGCUUCCUGGAACCGCAAGCGAAAUAUCCACCGGAUCUGCCAUCGGAUGGGGAGGAGAUCGACUGCGAUGAGAUGACGGUCUACAUGAAACAGUUGCAGAAGUACUUUGGAGGCCAGUGCGACACCAAGGGCAAGAACUGCCCGGACAAGCUCAAAUCGGCCGUCAAUUGGUUCGGUCGGGCCUACAAGCAGAUGGGCAAGAGCUGCUACUACGACGCCUAUGACUAUUUGGACCGGAAGUAGGUGGGACGAUUGGAUUGUCUGAUAAAUGAUUUGUGAUUGAAAAAAUUUAACGAUGGAAAAUAAAAUAAAGGAUUUGUGUGUAAUAAGGUUACUUUUUGAUUUGGAGCGAGGAAAUAAUGUGGGUUAUAACGCUUCUGAAUGUACUUAUCAA